AUGAACAUGUAUCUGUGGGGGGUCACAAAGCCAACGAGCGGCUUCUGGUACAAUCUCAACCUGGCAAAAGAUGAGCCCAAACGUCCCUGGAGUCCCGGCGACGCCUUGUUCCUCGUCGACAUCAUACUUGGAGAGGCAGACAAGCAUGGUAGCUCCAUGUACUCGGUCGGGAAGGUCGCUGUGACAAUAUGGACCGACAAUAGGCAUCUCCAGCGCGCGUCGACAUGA